UCAGCGCUCUCAGUGCGGCAGCCGUCGCAGAGCUGAGAACAAGGAGCUUAAACCCUUCACCUGAUGGACAUACGGCCCUCAAAACAGCGGAGUACAGCGGAGAAGAAGUGAACCACAGCGGAGAGGGAGAAGGACGCGGCUCAUUUGUGCGUUUGCAGAUUAAAUCGGAGUUUUUUGGCGCUCCAGUGGUGAAGUUCGCUCGUUCGUUACAACAUAGUGAGGCUGCAGUGAAGAACAGCUUCAUUCAAGCAGCUGCUCCGAGGAGAAGAAAGUGGGCGCGGUGGAGAUUUGGGCCAUGGAGGUUCUCCGGAUCUGCCUCUACACUUUAGCAAUAAAGGUGGUGGUGGGCGAUGUGUGUGUGUCCAUGCGCGUCACACACUAUGGUAAUUGCUGCUCUGAGUGCCCGCCGGGCACCGGGAUGGUGUCUGAGUGUGGAGCAGAAAACACAAAGUGCCAGCCGUGCCAGGAUGGGGUGACGUUCUCAGACUCUGCCGAUCUCUCCAGCUGCCUGGCGUGCGCCCGCUGUCCGCCCGGAGUCCCCCAGCUUGCGCGCUGCACCACGACCCAGGACACACAGUGUGAUUGCGGCAUGGGUUUCUUCCUGUGGAGGGACGGGAACAGCACGGCGGGCCGCUGCGCCCCUUGCAGCGUCUGCGAGCGCGGCGAGGGGGUCACCCGCAUGUGCGGACCACUGGGAAACACGGAGUGUGAGCCGUGCCUACUGGGCACCUUCUCAGAGGUGCGGAGCGCCAGCCAGGCCUGCCAGCCCUGCACCCGCUGCAAAGACGAUGAGGUGGAGAUCCGAGCCUGCCAGCCCAACUCAGACACACUCUGCAUGGAGCGAGAACUGAACAUCAUGUCCCGGCCGGCGGGCUCCGAGGGGCCGUUUCCACGCUGGCCCGCUGACACCAUGAAGGAGAGCGGAACGGCUUCCGGCUCCGAAGCUCCUGAACUCACCCCACAGGACCAGGGGGGCAACAACAUCCUGCUGUACGUGUCUGUGCUGGCAGCUGUGGUGCUGGGACUGCUGAUCUACGUCGCCUACAAGUGCUGGAGGUCCUUUCAGCAGAAGAAAGCUCUGGGAAAAGCUCGCGCUGGAGAGCUGAAUAACGGCGCCGAGGGAGAGAAGCUGCACAGCGACAGCGGCGUUUUCCUCGACUCACACAGCCAGCAGGACGGUCAGCCCAGCAAAGGCAGUAAGCGGGACAGCAAGCAGGACACCCGGCUGUACAUAAACCUCCCCCCACACCGGCAGGAAGAGGUGGAGCAGCUGCUGGAGGAGGGAAGUGGGCGGUGCUGGAGACAGCUGGGCGGAGCCUUAGGCUACGAGCAGGAGCGCCUGGACGUUUUCGGGCGUGGAGAGGCCCCCGUCCGCACGCUGCUGACGGACUGGUCUCAGCAGGACGGCUCCACACUGGGCCUGCUGUGCUCCGCCCUCGCCCGCAUCGAGCGGCACGACGUGGCCAAAGCCCUCACCGCCCCCGCCCAGGGCGUGUCGGUCGUCUGAAGGCCAGGACGGCUCUCUAAUGGCGCGUUUCCACCGCAGGAACUUUUAGGUGUUCACCAAACAAAGGAGCAUUCUCUGCACUAGCGCCCUCUAGAGGCCUGUAUUUGACACAAGCACCUCGUUGCUCAUUUUAACACUUGUGUUUACUGGAACGGAGAUGAGACUGUUAGUGUUUCCACCGGACGAUGCACGGUUGUUGGUUCCUACUACAAAAUAUGAGCUUUUCUACGGAUCAGGAACGUCUCUGAUUGGUCAAACGCGAGAUUCCCAGAACACUCAUAUUUGGCAUUAUUUAUAAAAACACAUCAUGGAUACCAGCAAAGCAAAGUGAGAAGGAUAACCAGCAUUUAAAAUGGAAAAGUGGACUGACCACGCGAAGUGAUUCUGGAAUUUCAACAUCCUCAUCCGCGUUCUGCAGCAUCGAUAUCGGAGUAUUCCACCGAUUUUUACAAAUUUCAGCAUAAUUAAGUGGUUAAGAUGUAAAUAACGUAGUUAAAGUAGUUUGGUGUGAAACGCUCCACCAAAUUUGCAAAAAUUCUGCCUUUUUUUCAUUGUGUGAG